AUGGUCGGCGUGCCCAGGAGUACAGGAUGUGCGACAUGUGUGUCAAGACGCAUCAAGUGCGAUGAAGGACGGCCGACAUGUCAAAAAUGCGAAAAGGCCGGGCGCCAAUGUCCUGGCUAUACCCGCGAGCUGCAAUUUAGAAACAAGAUGGUGACGGUCGUGUCAAAACGUGAGCGACCUAUAAUCAUCAACUCGGUAUCCACCACGUCACCGACAGAGUCGAGUUCUAGUGGUGGUGCUUCGCUCGACUCACGCAGAGAUUCUGUCGUUGUGACUCCUCCAAUCGUGACGACUCCUCCGGAACCAGCUGUGAAAUCGCUGCACCUACCUCGAACGGAGCAGCUUCAAGUCAUGGCUGCGUUGAUAGACGGGUUUGCACCGCCCUCAAAAGAACCGACACAAGGCCCUUCCAUGAUACGAGAAUGGCUUUCCUUUGUGUACUAUCGUAUCGGUGCACUCACACCCCUAGACCUGGCUAUGCGAUCAGUUGCUUGCAUGCAAUUCGGGCUGCGGAAAAAAGACACGCGGUUGAUCAAUGUCAGUCGCGCGUACUAUGGUGGUGCGCUUCAGACGUUGCGAAAGGCCCUCCUAGCCCCUACCACAGGACAAGCGGAGAUGCAGAGUACAGUGAUGCUUCUCACAUUUUACGAGCUUAUGUCAAAUCGGAAAGAAGACGAGUGGGUGCGACACUCCGGUGGGUCGGUCGAGAUGAUGCGAGUACGAGGCCCGAAAGCAUACGCAGAUCGAAAGAGCUUCGAUUAUUCCAUGUACCUUGUGUGCAGAUACUACAUCGUCAUGGAAGCAUUCUACAAACGCAAGGCCUGUUUCCUUGAUGAUCCAGAAUGGAACACGUUGGCCUACGAUCCGGAUUCUGUUGAGGGAAACUUCCGAGAAGCAAUGUUCCGGAUACACGUCCAGAUUCCAGGUUUGAUUCGCAAUGCUCAAAUGACCGCUGCCGGACAGUACGACGCUUUCGAGCUGAUAAAGAAAACCGUGGAGUUACGGACGGCUGUCAAAUGUCUUUACGACCAGUGGAUAGUAGCUCUAAAGGCGACAAACAACAUGCCGAUCGAGAUUCCAGGCGAGGACGAGCUUUUCCCAAAGGUGUACCAUUUCAACAAUCUGGCUGUACACGGUUUCAUGUCGCAACACUGCUCGACGAUAAUCCAGUUGAACUCGGUCCUGAUCCAGUGUGGCUUGCCAGGAAAAGAAGCAUAUAUCCAGGAGUGUCGCGAGCAAGCGGAGCAGCUAUGCCGAUAUGUACAUUUUGCUCAAGGCCGUGUCCUCGGAUCCAUCUUGCUGCACUUUUGGCUCAUCACCGCGAAGCGACACGCUGAUGAGAAAUAUCAAGAUUGGAUCACUGCCAAACAGGCUGCCAUCCAGAGAUAA